UUAAGCAGGGAGACAUAAUGAUCGGGGGGAUUUUCCCAGUUUUCAACAAAGAGAUAAGUAGCACUUCUUUGUACAAAAGCAAGCCGCCUGGAGCAAAAUGUGCAGGAUUUGACCUGCGAGCUUUUCGGUGGACCCAAGUGAUGAUAUUUGAAAUUGAGGAAAUCAACAAAGAUUCUGCUCUCCUGCCAAACAUAUCUCUUGGCUAUAAGAUCCUUAACUCUUGUACAUCUCCUACAAAUGCUUUACGUGCUGCACUCACACUGGCUAGUAGACCAGAGGAGAUUGAAUUGACUUCCCCUUGUCCUCCAGCUAUAUCUGCCCUCAUAGCAGAGUCAGGAUCAUCUCAGUCUUUAGCUGUGGCUGGAACGCUUGGACCAUUUCAAGUGCCAGUAAGUUACUUCUCAACAUGCGCCUGCCUGAGUGAUAGAACUAAAUAUCCUACAUUUUUUCGGACAAUCCCCAGCGACUACUUCCAGGCAAAAGCUUUGGCAGCUCUGGUCAAACGUUUCGGCUGGCAGUGGAUUGGGGUCAUACAGUCAGACAAUGACUACGGGCGCAAUGGGAUCCUGGCUUUUACUGACGAGGUGAAAGAGCUUGGGGUUUGUAUUGCAUUUGUUGGGACAGUUCUGCGUACAUACACUAUGGAUAAAAUUCUGGAUGUUGUGGAAAUGAUCAAACAGUCAACUGUCAAAGUCAUUAUGGCUUUUGCUCCAGAGGGUGACUUUUACCCUUUGAUGAAAGAGGUUGUGAAACAGAACAUUACAGGAAUUCAGUGGAUUGCCAGUGAGGCCUGGAUAACAGCAACUCGACCCUCCACACCUGAAAUCUACCAAGCGUUUGGUGGAGCCCUAGGAUUUGUUGUGCAGAAGAUGGCUAUUCCAAAUCUAAAAGCAUUUCUUAUGGGCAUUAGCCCUUACACUGAUCCAAGAGCAGCCUUUGUGAGGGAUUUCUGGGAGAUUAUGGUCAGUGAUUACCUACAAAGAGUGAAUUUUAGGAAUCAGUUUGGGGAUGAUGUGUUUUUUGAUGUCAAUGGUGACCCUCCUGCAUCCUUUGAUAUUAUUAACUGGCAGCUCAUAGAUGGGCAGGUUCCAACAUCGGUAUGCUCUAAUAUUUGUCCAGUAGGAACCAGGAAAGCUCAAAUAAAAGGAAAACCCACCUGCUGUUUUGACUGCAUCCCAUGUGCUGAAGGAACUAUAGCCAACUUGACAGGUGCAACUGACUGUGCACCCUGUCCACAGGAAUACUGGUCCAAUGAGAGGAAAGAUGAGUGCAUCCCUAAAACAAUUGAGUUCCUGUCAUAUCAUGAGCCAAUGGGAAUAGCUAUCACAGUUGUAUCCCUGCUAGGGGUCUCCCUAUCCCUGGCCACAAUGAUGGUCUUUAUCUGCUACAGAGAAACUCCUGUAAUAAAGGCCAGCAACUCUGAGCUGAGCUGUUUCCUGUUGAUUUCUCUUGUUUUGUGUUUUCUCUGUCCCCUCACAUUCAUCGGCAGGCCCACAGUCUGGACAUGCAUGCUACGCCACACAGCUUUUGGUGUGACAUUUGCACUUUGUAUUUCAUGUGUCUUGGGAAAAACUAUUGUUGUUGUUACAGCUUUCAAAGCUACAUUUCCUGGCAGCAAAUUUGCAGGAAAAUUUGGCCCUUCUCAGCAAAGGAUCAUAGUUUGCUCCUGCACUUUGAUUCAGAUAGUGAUAUGUGUGCUGUGGCUCAAGUUAAAGCCACCUUUCCCAGACAUGGUUUUCAAAUACAGCAAUAAAAAGAUUGUUUUAGAAUGUAACACAGGCUCUGAGGCUGCUUUCUAUGCAGUGCUGGGGUACAUAGGGUUCCUUGCAAUAAUAUGUUUGGUCCUGGCAUUUCAAGCAAGAAAGUUGCCUGAUAACUUUAAUGAAGCCAAAUUUAUCACUUUUAGCAUGCUGAUUUUCUGUGCUGUAUGGAUCACCUUCAUUCCAGCAUAUGUAAGCUCUCCUGGAAAGUUCACUGUAGCUGUGGAAAUUUUUGCAAUUUUGUCUUCAGUAUUUGGCUUAUUCAUUAGCAUUUUUGCACCUAAAUGUUAUAUAAUAUUGAUCAAGCCAGAGAAAAAUACAAAGAAACAUGUCAUGGGAAAAACUGUGCACAGAAAUACAAUUAUAAAUGAUAAAAUAUGA